CUCGGAUAGAAACGAGGUCGUUUGUAGACGCAUAUAAUUUCAUCCGAACGCAGGAAUUUCGAGCUGAACCACAGCACCUUCCUGCGCAGCAUUUCCGGAGUUUUCAACUGACUCGAAGUCCUUCGCCCUUGCCUUCUUUGAACCUGAAAUUGGAGUCUGGAUUCGGCACCGAACAUCGAAAAUCUCAACCGCAUCAACAUCCCAACGCCCAGUCAAGCACGAUGGGACACCAAGGAAAGACUGUUCUCGUCACUGGCGGAGGCGGAGGAUUGGGCAGAGCCAUUGCAGAGCACUUCAUCUCUCUCGGCUCCAACGUGGUCAUCUGCGAUAUCAACGACAAACUUCUCGACGAUUUCAAGCAAAAGAAUGGGUCCGACAAAGUGCUCGCACUCAAGUCCGACAUUACUUCUGAAGCGGACCUCGAUGAGCUGUUCGCGCAGGCAGAGAAGAAGUUCGGCUCCUUCGACUACAUUGUCAACAGCGCCGGUGUGAUCGACAAAUUCAACCCCGCAGGUGCCAUGGAACUUCCAGAAUGGAAUCGCUGCAUAGGAGUCAACCUGACCGCACCAAUGAUGAUUACAAAGCGUGCAGUAAAUGCAUUCCAGAGAGACAAUAAGAAGGGUUCGAUCGUGAACAUUGCUUCAGUGGCAUCUUUCAAGGGCUUUGCAAAUGGCGCUGCAUACACCGCUUCCAAGGCUGGCCUGAUUGGUCUCACCAAGAACACUGCAGCAUUCUACAGGCUAAAAGGCAUCCGGUGCAAUGCCAUCGCUGCAGGAGCAAUGCAGACAAACAUCGGCAACCACCUCGCGAAUGGUGACUUCAACAUGGAGGGCAUGAACGUGAUGAAGAAGACUUUCGGUGACUGGGAAGGUGGAUAUGCCGACCUUGCGAAGAUGGCCAAACUCGUGGCAUACCUGUCCUCUGAAGAGGCAGAAAUGAUCAACGGCGCUCUCGUGACUGCAGACGGAGGCAUCACCGCAGCAUAGGCUAUUGAGAUCUAGUUGAAGCAUGCAGGCUGGCCUGCUAGUGCUUACUGCCAGAGCCCGAACGCGAACUCAUGUCGAUGGAAACUCAGCUCGCUUGCCUGCUCAUGUCUCGGCUAGAGCACAGAACAGCAGGGGAGCUGUUCUCCUCGACGCCACGUCCUAUUUAGAGCAUACUAAAGCAGCGAUGGAUGCGAUACAGUGCAGCAUUCCGAACAAAAGCCACAUUCCAGCAGCGCCC